UUGUUGGACACGUUCUCAUGACACCAAGGUAACCUGAGUCACCGGUCCGGUCGAGCAGGUAGGGUAAGUGAUGUAAAUAAUUCAGCAAGCAGGUUUGUGUGUGUGAGGUGGAGGGACUAAAAAGACGAGAAGAGUCAAAAGUGUGACAAGAGAAGGAGGCAAAAUAGAAACAACGCCCCAGAAGGACAGUGGGAAGAAGAAUGAGUGACGACUGUGUGAGGUGAAAACUGAAACACAAAGAGAGACAUGAAGACAGAAGAAGAGGACGAGGUAAUGGAGACGGCAGUGGACGAGGAGGAUGGGACGUUCACUAACAUUUCUCUGGCUGACGACACAGACGGUCCAUCUGCAGUCCUGUAUACCAAACAGGAAAACCAGCUUUCCAUCAUGAACUGCGACAUAGAUGGAGACAUGGAGAACCAGGUGGAGAUGGAGGAGAAGACCAGGUUAAUAAACCAGGUUCUGGAGCUGCAGCACACACUGGAAGACCUGUCGGCGAGAGUUGAUGCAGUGAAGGAAGAGAACCUGAAACUAAAGUCAGAGAACCAGGUUCUGGGCCAGUACAUCGAGAACCUGAUGUCGGCCUCCAGCGUCUUCCAGACCACGGACACAAAGAGCAAACGGAAGUGAAGGGAUGCAGCAUGGAGCGUGGUUCGUUUUCUUAUGUUUCACUACAAGAGUGUUUGUAGAUCUGUUUAUCAGAUAAGGUUUAAGAUUAAGAUUUUACCCUUUAACCUUUUAACAAAUACCACACAGAAGGAGUAUGUGAGUAGAGAGUAUGUGUUUAACACUCAUUUGUACUGCAUUUCACCCCAAAAUCCUGCUGUAUUUCUUGCUUUUUUUGUCUUGCCUUUACUUUUCCAUUUCUCUGUAAACAUCUGACCUUACUCUCUUUCCCGUCUCUACUGACUUGUACAUUAACUAAAACUGACCAGAGGCGUCAGAAGUCGCAUCUCACCCUACUGAAAAAAGCAGAUUGAUUUAAUUUAUUUUUGUAAAGUAUUUUGUAUGUUAAUUUUUGUUUUUGUUUUUUUUUAGUUGUUGUUAGCUCUCAGAUUCUUGACUGCACUCCACUGUAUUAUUGAAAAUAGGAAAGUGUUACAGGAAGUUGGAUGUUGAAUUGAUCCUGAUAGAACUAGAACGUCACCUCUUCUGCAGUUUUUGUUGUUGUACUUUUUGGUUCAUACCAGGAAAUACUAUUAAAUUACAUGUUGGCUACCGUUAAAAAGCCUGUUCACAGUUACAGUAGAUCUGAAGGCUGUAGACAGAACUUCUCCAGAACAUUCUGCUGGGUCAACCAUAGUCUCCUUUCUGAUGAUCAUCUCCAUCCAGACCAUAUGUGGGACUGUCACUGUGUUUGUGAUUAGCGUCCUGGGGGUUAGAACUGCCAGGUCCUAAUCAGUGAAAUGUGGGACAGUGUGGAACCAAAUAUGACACACUUUAAACUGAAAAUAAAAACAUAAGCUCAAAAAUCUCAAAUUAGUAUUAUUAUCAAAGUAAGAGCUGUGACACUGUAGGUCAGAUUCAACAAUCACAGCCACUCGUACAGGUGACGUGACAUCAAGUGUCUGUACAGAAAAUUCAAACA